CCCGCCCUUUUCCUUGAACCUAGACCCCGUGAUUUUGGUCAACGUUUUUUUGGACAACGUGGAUUUGGAGGCCUAUUAGAAGACUUUCAUCGUCCGAAAUCAGAUGGCACCACCAGAUGGAUUCCACAAUAUAAUCUACAGAAUUUUUGGAGACGACGAAUACCACCGCUACCUUCUGGUCUUAUUGAACCGCUCAUCCCGCCGAGAAUGAAAAAUGCGGAUGACUUUCAUCGUCUACCUGGUCAUUUUCCGUACCAAACCAACGAAUUUGAACUGUACAAUCGAAAUUUGUUGGCUACUCGAUAUUUUGCUUACGAUAAUUCAAAUGAUGAAGCCGGAAUUCUGAAAGUGUGGACUGUGAAUGAGAGAUCAAAACGGAGAUUACUCGAGACUUUCUCUGUUGAGAUUUCCUCGGAUGGUAUUCCGAUUCAUGAUUCACUUCAAUCUGUUUCCGAGCUCAAGUUGAAGAUGUUACCACCAGUGAAAAACGAACAACGACCUCCCAAGACAAAAGAACAAUUGCUCGAGUUGAGAACGUCCAUAUGGAGCCCUCGUUCUUUCACUCGAUUGUUUCUUCGAAGUCCAACACUCCUGCAAAUGAUUCAACUGGCUGAAGAAGACGAUUCAGAAGAAGAAGAAAGUUCUACUGAAAUUCUAGGAAAACAUAUUCCCAUAUUUCACAGUGCCGUCAAAAGUUUCUCUGAAUCUCAUUUACUGGAAGGAACACUGGCGGUUGUAGACUAUGGAGGACGUGUAUGGAUUCAUGAUUACACUUCUGAAAGUCAACCUGUGAAACUUGCGGCAAACGACCAAGAAAUUUAUCAAUUCGCCACUUUUUGUGAUCAUCCGAAAAUGAUUGCAGUAGCUGGAAGUUACCAUUUUGAAACUGUGGAUAUGAGAGUCUCUAACACAUCUAGAGCAUGCAAAGAACUCUGGAGAAGUCCGCUUUUUGAAACUCGCAGACGCGAUGAAGCCCUUUAUGUUCAAAGUGUGCCUCCGGUGUCUUCUGCGAUUCGACAUGUGGCAAGAGUUUCUGAAACUGCGAACAACUAUUUAGUGAUGACCGAUAGAGCGUUGCAUUUGAUUGAUGAUCGAUUCCCAGGAAGAACCCUUUUGAGUGUUGAACAUCCAUUUUCAACGGGAGCUCAUAAAAUGAUAGUGUCGGAAAAGAUGAAGGAUUCGAUUGAUGGUGGAAAUGUUUACUCAAUCUUCUGCCUUGAUCAGCUUCAAGUCCUCAAUUCUUCGAUUUCAAUGACCAAACUUUACUCCCAUCCAUCGGGAGUAUGGUCAUCAGUCGACGCGUUUCAUGCAGUAGGAGAACCAGAAAACUUCAAUCAAGUCGUUCGACGUGGGAAAUAUGCGGGGCCGGAAGUCCUCUCGGAACCAACGCGUGCAAUGGCUUUGGUAGAACAUCGAAACUGGAAGUCAUCCUUGUUACUGCGACAAACAGACGAUGGAGCGAUUUGGUGGCAGAAGUUUUCGAAUGAAGUUUCAUCGGAACAGCAGAUUGUUGAAGAAGAGAGAAAGAGUUUAGGAAGGAUCAUAGAGAAGAGGAACGCGGAUCCUGAUUCAUGGAAAAGAGAAGAAUUUAGACCUGUCUAUUCGGAUGGAAUGGGUGAAACAGCGAAGGAGACUCCAGCGGAUCUUAGGUAC